AUGACAGUGCUGCUGGCCAGCCUUCUGUUGCUCCUAUUGAUGAUCUCCUUUCAAAGGCUGGCUGUGUCCCACCUAAUGAUGGAUAUGGCUCUGAAUUCCUUCGAUGACCAGUAUCUGGGGUGCAGAGAGGAGGUAAUGGAAGAACUGGAGAGAGGAGACUAUUUUCAAAAGGAAAUAGCUGCUAAUGAGGACUACUUGAAUCUCUGGCAGAAGGCCCAGGAGGCUUUCUUAAAGAGCCCUGUAGGUCUCCUGAGAGAGAUGCAUGAGAGCCAUGCUAUAGUCCUCAUGGCUUACACUAUGAACUCUUCCCUGCACUCUCAGCUGAACUGGGCCACAUCUAGAGCAGGAAGCUCUCCAGAGCACUACAGACACAACUUCACUUUCAAAUAUUUUCACUUUUACCUAACAACUGCUAUCCAGAUAAUGAAGCAAUGGCAGAGCAGCAAGGAGAACAUAGGGAAACGUAAAUGCUACCAGGUGCAUAGGGGUGUGAAAGACUUAUAUAUCAAGGCCACAGUAGGCAGCAGGGUGCGAUUUGGACGUUUCACCUCUACGUCUCGCCUCCGGAAUGAAGCUCAGAAGUUUGGGAAUGAAACUUUGUUCACAGUGACCACCUGCCUGGGAGCAGCUGUUCAAGGCUUUUCUUACUAUACAUCUGAGAAGGAAAUCCUCAUUCCCCCUUAUGAGAUAUUCCUUGUCAAAAGCUUCUUUCAGACACAGCAUGGUAAUCGUCUGCAUCUGCAUUCUGUGGGGAACUACAGCAAGUACCACUGCCAGCUUGUGAAAGCUUCAAGGAGCAAGAACAGUGGUUCUACUGGCCGUGACUCUUCUGUUCUUCCUUGUGUAGUUGGAGUUCUCAUGUACUUGGUCCACAGUGACUGAUUCUCUGGCUGCAUCCAGAAAUACACAUUUGAAUAGCAGGCAAGAAGAAUUCACAGGAAAUCAGUCUCUGUAAUUCCUGUUGUCACAGAAGAUUCAACCCACCCUUUGCUUUCAUCUGCAGCUCUGCAGCUGAGACUGGAACAUUCGGCCUAGUUCAUCAAAACAGACAUUCCAUGGAGCCAUUCGAGUGGGAGGGCAGUUAUCCAUGGCCUUUUGUGUAGAUUAGUGCAGUGACACACUUCACUGUAGAUAGCUUUUACCUUAGGGAUUCAGGAAAGACACACAUGGACUUUGGACUCUUUAUAGACCUCUUAGUGCCCUUAUUUUCAGAGAGAAAAUCUGUCUGUGGAACACAGAAGGCACCUCUGAGUGCAGGCUCCCAGGGGCCAGCCACAUCUGUGACUGCUG